AUGGUAAUGGAUUUGAGUAUGGAAGUGGGUAUAGGCAUAAAUCAAGUGACCAUGAGGAACAAAACCAUAGCAAGACCGAGUGAUGGAUCUAAGUAUAGAAGUGGAUAUAGGUAUAGACUAAGUGACCUUGAGGAAGGAGACCAUGGCAAGACGAAAUCUAAGUAUGGAUCAAAUUAUGAAGGGAAGAAACAAUAUCAAUAUGAUGGUGAUGGACCUGAAUAUGAAAGUGAUUAUAGGUAUAGAUCAAGUGAUUGUGAGGACGGAGACCAUGACAAGACCGAAUUUGAGUAUGGAUCAAGGUAUGAAGGGAGGAAACCAUAUGAAUAUGAUGGUAGUGGAUUUGAGUGUGGAAGUGGGUAUAGGCAUAGAUCAAGUGACCGUGAGGAACAAAACCAUAGCAAGACCGAAUAUGAGUAUGAAUCAAGGUAUGAAGGAAGAAAACAAUAUGAAUAUGAAGGUGAUGGAUCUAAGUAUAGAAGUGGAUAUAGGCAUAGACUAAGUGACUUUGAGGAAGGAGACCAUGGCAAGACGAAAUCUGAGUAUGGAUCAAAGUAUAAAGGGAAGAAACAAUAUCAAUAUGAGGGUGAUGGACCUGAAUAUGAAAGUGAGUAUAGUGGAUUUGAGUAUGGAAGUGGGUAUAGGCAUAGAUCAAAUGACUAUGAGGAUCAAAACUAUAGUAAGACCGAGUCUGAGUAUAGAUCAAGGUAUGAAGGGAGGAAACAAUAUGAAUAUGAGGUUGGUGGAUCUGAGUAUGAAAGCAGAUAUAGGCAUAGAUCAAGUGACUAUGAAGAAAGGGAUCAUGACAAGAUUGAGCAUAGACCAAGUGAGGAUGAUAAAGGAGACUAUAGCAAAACUGAGUAUGAGUAUGGACUAAGGUAUGAAAAUGAAGGAGACCCUAGCAUGAUUGAGUUUGAGUAUGGAUCAGAGUAUAAAGGGAUGAAACAAUAUGAAUGCAAAAGUGAUAGAACUGAGCAUGAAAGUGGAUAUGGGCAUAGACCAAGUGAUAAUGAAAAGGGAGACUAUGGUAAGACUGAAUUCAAGUAUGUAUCUAGAUACGAAGAGAGGAAACGGUAUGAAUAUGAGAGUGAUGAACUUGAGUAUAGUAGUGGGUAUAGGCGCAAAUCUAAUGACCGUGAAGAAGGAGACUAA